GCAGAAGCUAGGAUCUGUUGCAAAAACAAAGAGAUGGCGAAGGACGUGUUUGUGCGCGUCGCCCUCUUCUGCGGCCUGUUUGCCAUCCAAUGCAGUGUAACAGUCUUGGGCAGCGUCACCCGCGACACGAUCUUCCUGCGCGUGUAUGACUCGCGGUACAUCUCCCACAUGGUGCUCGUCAUGUCGUUUGCGACGGCGUAUGCGUCCACAGCGAUUUCCCAACUGCAGCAGCGAGGUGUCCUUGCCAGCACGAUCGCAUGUGCGUUUCCUGCCGUGUCGUCAGUCGUGAUGCUAGUGUUUUGGGGUGUCUUGAUUCACGUGCCGGCGUUGGUGCACGUGACAAGCAUCCUCCUGUACAUGUGGGUCGAGAUCUCGGGGCAGCUUCUGGCCCAGCAGUUCUGGGACACGUGCUCCGGUGCGUUCAACGUGACCGAGUCCAAGCAGUACUUUGGCGCGAUCACAUUUGGCUCGACGAUCGGCACCCUCUUCGCCAGCUUUGGACUCAUUCCCAUCAUGCGAACGUACGACGUGUCCACGGAAGGCACGCUGGUGGUCGUGGCGCUCCUACAGGCCACGAUCGGGCUCUCCAUGCUCGUAGUCACGCCGAUGUUUCGAGCCAGACCAUCCAACACGACACCGCCGCCAAGGGGGGGUCCUCCCACGUCUGUGAUAUCGGAGAUCCAACGACGGUCCUACCUCAAGCACGUGUGCUUCUUUGAAUUCGGCGCCACCGUCGCCAGAGUAUUUGUCGACUACUCGACGUUGGCCAUCCUUGGCCAGUACCCUGAAGCCACUGUGAAGGCCGCGCUCGGGUCCAUCAACGGCGUGCAAAGCUUCCUCAUGAUGCCACUCCAGGUCGUGGCCGGCCCAUUGUUUACGUACUUUGGUGUCAUGUACGGAAUCAGCACGUUGCCGUUGGCCGUGCUUUUGUUUGGCGUGACGACGUACAUGUCAUCGUCGUCGAUGCUGUUGAUUGCCAGUCGCGCCAUGUACAACAGCGUCACAUAUGCGAUUUUCAAUCCGGCGCGGGAGCUGCUGUGGCUGCCGCUCCAUGCGCAAGACCGCAGCAAGUUCAAAAGUUUCGUCACGGGGCCAUUCCGGUCCCUUGCACGAGUGCUCGGCGCCCUCUUAUCCAUGGCGCUGACGUCCGACGUCGUGACUUCGUACUGCGGGUCCAGCGCUGUCAGCAUGGGCGUGAUCGUGCUGGGGCUGGUUUGGUUUGGGGAUGCGCUGGCAGCACGCCAAGCGUACGCGGCCGAGUUUUAUGCGUCGCUAAAGAAAGGGCACAUGGACGUAACGUCGUCGCAUCUCGUGGAUUUCACCACCGAUCAGAUCGAUUUGGUGCACAGUACGCUGGCACAAGGCGAGCCGACCCGCAUUGCGUUUGUAUUGGGGUUCAUUCGACCUCCCCAUGUGCCAAUGUUCCACAAAGCAUUGCGAAGCGUGUUUUACCGCGCCGAGACGUCGCUCCCGACCAAGCUGAAGCUGCUGCAAUUGCACGUGGCGUUCAAGACCCAACAGCCCCAUGACACCGCCGAUGACUUGUGUGACAUGUUUCAAUUGGACGACCUCGUCACGUUGUACGAUGACCUCGCCAGUCCCCGGCAGUUGCGCCUCGCCGCUGUCUUGGCCUGUGGCUCCUCCCCCCAGGCGCUGGGCCGACUGCAAGCGCGCUUGGACUCGGAGACGGACAUGUCGCUGCGGGUGGGGGCCGCCAUCGCCGUGCUCCGGGCGUCGGAGUGGAUGGACGAGAAAGCGAUCAUGUUGCUGCAAAAGUUGCUGCACGAGCCGCCGGACGUCAAGGCCAAAGUAACGUGUCUGCGCAUCGUGGGCAAAGAGUUGCCCGAGCUGCUCGGCAAUGGGUACUUGGUGUACCUGCUCCACCAGAGCCAAGAGUCGCGCAUCGUCCACGCCGCCCUCGAGUGCUGCCGCCAGAGCCAGCGCACGUCGCCCAUGCUCGUGCCGGCGCUGGUCAAGUGGCUGGCGGAGGCGUCCUUCCGCCCCCAAGCGCUCGACGCGCUCGUCACGUUCCCGCCGCCGGUUGUGUGGGGCCCGCUCGUGGAUUUUCUGGAGAAAGCGCUCGACAGAGUGAGCUUGGACGGGACCUUGGGCGGCGUGCGGUGCCUCGAGAUGGGUCAGUUUCCGCCGCACGCCAAGGCCGAGGUGCUGCUCAACAUGAUGGACUCGUUGGUGGAAUUGGAGACGGAGAUGACGUUGCGGCGGGUGCUCGAGCUCCGCCAACGCCUGCCGCUGUGGGAAGUGCUGGCGGACGCCCUUGUGGGCACGGACACCAGUCACAACGAAGGGCACCGCGUGGACGGCGUUGCCGCGGCGUGCAUUUUCACGGCAUAUCAACUGAGUCAUGUGCGGCGGCAGUUGGCGGACGGGGGCGGACGGGAUGGGCUGCUGGCGCAGGUGCUCGAAGAGGCGCUCGACACCCACCUGCGCGUGGUGCUGAAGCUAGUGUCGGCCACGUUUCCCCGUGGCUUCAACAUCCACGUGCUGAUUGAAGGGUUGCAUUCCGAUGUCCCCGAAGUGCUCUCUGCCGUUCAAGAAGUGCUGGAGACGCUGCUUCGAUCAACUGUCAAGCACACCCUAACCCCGUUGCUGUUUCCCCAAUCCCCCAAAGCCCCCGCCGCCCUUCAAAUUCUGAAGCGCGUCGAGGGCGUGCAAGGGCAGAGCAGUCUCGAGAUGGUUCAACAGGCCAUGACAGACCCGUCAGUGGACAUUGAGCUCGCUUGUUUGGCCCUCGAACACUACUUGGGACUGGCGACCAAGGCGGUUGAUCUGAACGACGUCGUCGUCCUCUCGGAAGCCCACGCGUUGAGGCUGAUGCAGCACCCGAUUGCUCAGGAAGUCGUGAGCCGCACGUUCCUGUGUGACUCAACUGACCGAGCCAAGACGGCGUUGCAGCACAUAUUCCAAGCCAUUUCGUUGCCAAGCCCAGACACUGGAGCAGCUGCCGUCGCGCCCCUAGCUUUUGUCGAUGUCGUGACGAGCUUGCGUACUUGCGCCUUAUUUCGGUCCAUCAACGUGCUCGAGUUGAUUCAAAAGAUCGCCUCGCACUUCUGCCAAGUGGUCGUGUCGGGUGGGUCGGUGGUCGUGGCCGAAGGCGAUGCGGGUAUAUCGAUUGUACAGUGUCACAUGUUUUUGUGUUCUCCAUUCAUGUGGCUGUGUGGUAGCCACCCACAUGUACGUAAUUGCGACGGGGUCGGUGCAGUUGCACCAGAAGUGCCACGGCGCACUUUUAACGACGCUGCACCCUGGGGCGUGCGUGGGGGAGUUGGCCCUCUUGACGUCCAAGGGCACCCACCCGACGACCGCGACGGCGCAGUCGGCGUGCGUCCUCCUCGGCAUCUCCCGUCAGUCCUUCAACUCGCUUAUGCAAACCCACACGGCCGUCGCGCGCGGGGUGCUGGAUGCGCUCGCGUCCGCCCUCCAGUGGUCAUAUGUUGUACGCAGUUCGACCGAGGGGGGGGUGGACGACAAGGCUGCCAAUCGGCAGUGGCUCAAGCGGCUCGUGUCGCAUGUGAGCCACGUGGACAAGGCCGCGUCUGCGAUGCUGGCGACGAUCGGGCGGCAUCGGUCCAAGUCGGAGGUGCCGCCGACACAAGCGCGGAAAGAGGUGGUUCCGCAAGGAGAAACGACGGAGGAGGUUGUUCCGACGUUGAAGCAACGGGGAGGACGCCGGACGAAGAGUCACCUGAGGGAGUGCUCGACGUUGUUGGACUUUGCCGUUUCAGCCGCCGUCCAGACACACGAUCACGACGACGACAUGCAUUGUGCCCGUGUGACCAUGACACACUUGGAAAAGUGUUUACACUUGAAAGCAUCCCAGUUUAUGAAAGACAUGGACGAUGACCAAAUUGCGGCCGUGGCCCAAAUGGCCCAAGUCGUGGUCUUGGCCAACGGAGCAACUUUGUACGAGGACGGGUCGGCUGCCACGAGGAUGUACGUGGUCGUCCAGGGAUGUGUCGUGUCGAAGGCUUCCGACGGGGAAAAUUCCCACCACGAAACGUUUGAACCCGGUGAUUCGUUGGGCGAAUGGUCGUUCAGCCGCGGGGCCACGCACAUGAGCACCGCCACGGCGCUGUCGACGCACUUGUCGGUGGUUCUGCUCGACAUCCCCGCAGUGGAGUUUGUCGAAUUGGCCGAGAAGCACGUCAAGUUGCUGCACUUGGUGCUGGCGUGGCUGUCCCGAAAGAUUACGAUCAAAAUGAACCUUCCACAGGACUUCCACCUGGUGACGCCCCAGCCGCUGUCGCCCAUCGGCAGCCCCCGCCACCCCCACUCGCCGCCGCGGAAAAUGUGGUCGGACGAACACGCCAAGGGCAACGACAGCCAAGAGUGGGGUACUGUGACCUCCAUGGCACUAAGACAGCGCCAAAUGACCAUCUAAUUGCAAGCAACAACAUCACGUUUAACCCGAAAGGAGCUCAUGGGAGCUUGUUAGGCUAACCGGUUGUUGUUAAUAAUCCAGACUUCAAUUUAUGGUU